GGCCCUGGUUUCUCCUCGGGCCACUCCUUCAGGCCUUCUUAUGGGUUCUUACCUCCCCCCAUAAGCGGGCCAGUAGAAAUGUGGACUUUUCGAAGCUUUUUAUUGGAUGCUGGUGCUGUCACUCUGAAGAGCGACGGAGACCGCAGCGGCGAGGACCGCCCUCCUCAGACGGUGAUUGGCCCGGCUUGAUAGACUCAAGUUGGGAUUGGUGCAAGGAGGCAACCCUCUCCUUGGCUGAGAAGUGGAGAGGCGGAGGCCUCUGCGGAGCUGCCUGGGGGCGCACAUCUUCCUCGCCUCGCCAGCGCUGCGGGCUCUCUGCCGAGGCCCCCGACCUCAUCACGCGGGCUGGGGGCGUCCUUGUCGCGUGUCGGGCGCCACACCAGUGGAACCGGGUGGGGGCGGGGGGCGGGGGGCCGGAACCGGGGGAGGGGGACGAGGAGCUGGUGGAAGUACCAGCGGGCGGAGACCCAGCAUUGGAAGUGCAUCUGCAUCUGGGGAGGAGGCUUGGAGGGCUGAGCGGGGCAUGGUGUCUGGAAUGGGAUGCCAUGGAAAAGAAGGGACCUUCCUGAUUAGAUCUGCAGGUGGCUCCUUUCAGAAAUCCCCUUCUUCCCUUUUGCCCUUUGAUCUCCCGCCGUGGGCAGCCUCAUGGUCCCCGUGCAAGUUCUGGAAACUCUGUCUCUGGGUUGGUUUAAUCACCUCCGACUUCAUUAUAGCACUGCCCGGGACCUUUUCUGAUACUGGGCACCACCGUGGGGAGCAUGUCAGAGAACAGGAAGCCGCAGCUGGCCUUUGUAGGCAAACUCCCUCAUGGGACUGCACUUGGGACCUCAGGCAAGACUCACUGCCCUUCGUGCAUGGGGCUCUUCAAAGCCCCCAGGCUCUUGCCCUGUUUGCACACGGUUUGCACCAGGUGUUUGGAGCAGCUGGAACCCUUCACAGUAGUGGACAUCAGAGGGGGAGACUCUGACACUAGUUCUGAGGGGUCACUCUUCCAGGAUCCCAAGCCACCGCGCAGUCUGCAGCCACAGAUCGGCAUCCUCUGUCCUGUGUGUGACGCUCAGGUAGACCUGCCCAUGGGUGGAGUGAAGGCUUUAACCAUAGACCACCUGGCCAUGAAUGAUGUGAUGCUGGAGAACCUGCGUGGAGAAGGCCGGGGCCUGGUGUGUGACCUGUGCAGCGACAGAGAAGUGGAGAAGAGGUGUCAGACCUGCAAAGCCAACCUCUGCCACUUCUGCUGCCAGGCUCAUAGGCGGCAGAAGAAAACAACCUACCAUACCAUGGUGGACCUGAAAGACCUGAAGGGCUACAGCCAGAUUGGGAAGCCCAUCCUGUGUCCCGCUCACCCUGCAGAGGAGCUGAGACUGUUCUGCGAGCUCUGCGACCGGCCCGUGUGCCGGGACUGCGUGGUGGGGGAGCACCGGGAGCACCCCUAUGACUUCACAAGCAAUGUGAUCCACAAGCAUGGGGACUCUGUGCGUGAGCUUCUCAGAGGCACCCAGCCACAUCUGGAGGCCCUGGAGGAAGCACUGGUAGAGAUCAAAGGGGCGAGCAGCAGCCUGCGGGAACGUGUAGAGGCCGUGGCAGCUGACAUCCGGGCCUUCUCUGAGGGUUACAUCAAGGCCAUCGAGGAGCACCGAGACAGGCUGCUGAAGCAACUGGAUGGCAUUCGGGCCCAGAAGGAAAACUCUCUGCAGCUCCAGAAGGCCCAGCUGGAGCAGCUGCUGGCUGACAUGCAGACUGGAGUGGAGUUCACGGAGCACCUGCUGACCAGUGGCUCAGAUCUGGAGAUCCUCAUCACCAAAGGCGUGGUGGUGGAGCGGCUCAGAAAACUGAACAGAGUGGAAUACAGUGCCCACCCUGGGGUGAACAACAAGAUCUGCUUCUCCCCACAGGAGAAAGCAGGCCGGUGCCGGGGUUAUGAGGUGUACGGGGCCAUCAACACCAAAGAGGUUGAUCCCACCAAGUGUGUGCUUCUGGGCGAAGAUCUGCACAGAGCCCGGGAGAAACAGCCAGUUUCUUUCACCCUUCUUUGUAAGGAUGCAGCAGGGGAGGCCAUGGGCAGGGGAGGAGACAACAUUCAAGUCACAGUUAUCCCUAAAGAUAAUAAAGACAGUCCAGUCAGAACAAUGGUCCAAGAUAACAAGGAUGGGACCUACUUUGUCUCCUAUACACCCAAGGAACCUGGCCUCUACACUGUGCUGGUCUGCAUCAAAGAGCAGCAUGUGAAGGGCUCGCCAUUUACAGUGAACGUCAGGAGACGGCACCGCUCACACCCUGGUGUGUUCCACUGCUGCACUUUCUGCUCCAGCGGGGGACAGAAAACCGUGCGCUGUGCCUGUGGUGGCACCAUGCCAGGUGGGUACCUAGGCUGUGGCCAUGGACACAAAGGCCACCCAGGUCGCCCCCACUGGUCAUGCUGUGGGAAGUUUACUGAGAAGUCAGAGUGUGCAUGGGCAGGUGGACAGAACACACCCAGGAGUCUGCUUAGGACUGUGGCGCUCUGACCUUCUCACGGGAUGUGACCAGCUUGGAAAAGCUACAGCCAGCAUGACUUCAGACAGCCAGAGGAUCCCCGACCUUGAUAAUAUUCUGAAGCAAUCAAUAAAAUUAAAGACAAAGUGCCUUAUCUUAUA